CAGUGGCGGCCGCGAAGCGGCACACCGCGGACGGCGCGGACGCGCUUCCGAAACACGAUCGAUAUGACGAUCUAUGAGUACAUCGAUCGAUAAACGACGCGAGUGGUCUUGUGAUCUAGCGGUGUGCUAUGUGAUUCUAAUCAAGUGCCGGUCGAAACUUUACCAUCUUAAAAAUGAACAGGACAGGUCUUACAGACAGGUGGAACGAAUGUAUUCGUCCCGCGAACAUGCGCGAAUGAAACGUUGUCAUCAUUUAACUAUGCUUAAUUGUAACCGUGUGAAUAAUAUUAACCUCAUUGUAGAAUUAGACGUGGAAUACUCGGCCAUGCUAGCCUUGGCUGACUAGUCAUUACAUGUGUUUGUGGUGGUGAAGUGAAAAGUGAUCAAAAUGAUGCAAGGAUUGCUCGAUUCGCUGUACAAGAUCUAUACAGAUUGGCGCGCACCAAUGGCCGACGAGGAGGCUCGGGCGCGGCGCGCGCCCGCGCCGCCGCCGCGGCAGCCCGCGCGGCCGCCGGACCCGCGCCCGCGCACCUUCCCCCCCGACUCCCCUGCCAACCUUCCCGCUCCCCCACGCCUCAUCAGACCCUCCGAACACCUGGCGUUGGUCGAGUGGUCGGAGCGGAGGCCGCAUCCUCUGUGCCCGACCGUGAUCAUCCAAGGUCCUAGACCUGCUGUUCCACCGCCCCCUCCAGUGCAUAGGCACGUCGCGCCCCCGCAGCCGAGGAUGCCUGCACCAGUGCCUCAAGGUCAUGGCGGCCAGCAGGUGAUGAGGAUGCCGCAGCAAAGGAGAGAUAUUCAGCCACCACCGGUCGCGCACCCCCCGCUGGCCCUGCCCGCGCCCACGUCUGCGCCCGCGCCGCCCGCCUCGCUCGCCGCCGCGCCGCGCACCAUCGUCAUCCAGCGGCCCGACGCCCGUCACGGAUUCGGGUUCACCUUGCGGCACCUGGUCGUCUACCCGCCGGAUUCAUUGCAGGAGUUGUACGAGGAUGCGCGCCACCUCGCGGUGGGCGCGGUCGGCGCUCCCAUGGACACGAUCUUCGUAAGGUCCGUGCGGCCGGGCGGGCCGGCGGCCGCGGCGGGGCUACGCGCGGGCGACCGCGUGCUGGCCGUCAACGGGGAGCCGGUGGCCUGCGGCCGCAGCCGCGCGCCCUAUGCGAGGGUCGUCCAGCUGGCGCAGCGGGAGCCCUUCUCGCUCAGGCUGACGGUUGUGCCGAGAGACCACGAUCUGUUGCAGAGGUAUUUCAGUGAAGCCGCCUACAACCCUGAAUCGAACCAGCGGCACAUUGAAAUGCCGGCGCCGAUAACCGAGCACGAGUCCCGCCUGUUCGACGCGUACCGAAGGCCGAGGGCCGCUCUGCCGGCCCCGCAGGCGCCGCAGCGGGAGGACCCGGAGUACGCAAGCGUGGCAUCGCUCGCGCCCUCGCGAUAUGACGUGCCGCGGCUACCCACUACACCCCACCAUUUGUUGCAUGAUAGUAGGAGAGAAUCAGACACAUCGCUACCAUCAUCGGCCACAGAAAGCAAAGACAGCCUCGGCUCCUUCGACUCGAACUCAACCCUAACCGGCAGAGAACUAGACGACUCGAUUAUCCUAUCCCGAAUACGAAAGAGUCUCGAACAGAAAGAGGCUUUCCUCAGACGACCGAGCCAACCCACCGGUUGGGUCACCCCCGACGUCCCACCGCCCAUAAAACAAAAAGAGUUCUACGCGAGGCCACAGAAGUUACAGAAGCCUGCGUGGCCUCCUCCUUCUUCCCCGCCUCUCGCGGCAUCUCCCCCACCCUCGUUACCCCCACAAGAAAUUAAAAGAGAUGAUUGCUCAGCGAGCGUUGACAGCGGAACGUACAGCGGCUACGGGGAAGUUAACGGAACUCCAAAUGACAAACAGAGGCUAAAACAGGACAAGAGUCAAUUUGUGGCAACACUUUCGAAGAUACAGGAGACGACGCCAAGCAAUAAUGGGUCGAUGAAUAAUGGAUCUUCUCCUGAGUAUCAGGAGGCGGCAUCGACGAGUAAUCCGGAUAGCAGAUAUCCAGUGCCCGAACUCCAGCUAGUGACGGCUAGGACUCGGCAGCUCGAGGAGGCGCGCGGAGGCGGCGAGCGGCGCACGGAGGUGGCUCGCAGCGAGCUGGCUCGCAUGUCCGCGACGCGGCUCGAGCCCAGCGUCGCGCUGCGGAGGAAGGAGUUUGAGACCAGGGCGUCCAGGAGAGAAGCCAGGUCGCUCGACGUACAACCUCAACAAGAGUUAGAGCAUGAAUUAUCACUCGGCGGCAGCUUGUCAGGAAACCAGUUGAUGAUCACCGGCAGUAAAUACCUACAUUGUCCGCCACCUGAAAAAUAUGUUCCCGAAACAGAAAAGGUUCAAAUGCGAACAAGGUCAAACAGUACAGGCAGUGAAGGAUUACCUAUUAGAAGACAUCAUGCCACAGAUGGCAGUCACGCGAAGAGACGUAUGGGGCUGAACAGGGAGCAAAUGGAGGCCAUGAACCGGGUGUCGCUGCCCGGCGCGGGCGCGGCCGUGCGGCCCACGCAGCUGAGCCUGGCGCCGCCCGCCGCCGCCGCCGCCGCCGCCGGCUCGGCCGAGCCCUCGCCCACGCCCAGCACGCCCGCCGACUCAGGUUUUGCUGACGACUUGGUGACUCGGAGACAGAAGAAAGAUGCUCAACUUGGUGCAGAGGAGGAGCGCGCGAUGCGCCGCGUGUCCUACCUGAAGGCCACGUGGGGAGACCGGCUCCACCUGGACAGUGAUCCGGAGCCCGACGCCGACCAUCACGCUUUGAGGAGUGUAUACCGCAAGUGGCGCCCUCCUCGGUUCACCGAAGACAUUACGCCGCUGCUGCGCAUUUUCGACCCCCACGCGUCGCUCCCGAUGCGCCCUGAGAAGAAGGGGGAGGGAACAAGCGAGAGCGCCGAAGAGGCGAUCGAAGGAGACGUGCAAGGGAAUGUGCAGAUCAAGAUGGUAGUUAGCAAUGGGAAGCGCGCGAGCGACCGAUCAUGGAAGCAGGAGUGGGCGGUGCUGCACGGGACCAAGCUGCAUCUCUACAGACAUCAUCCUAGCCAGAGCCCUGGCGCAGUGAGCGGAUCCACACCGGGCGCGGAGAGCUCGCGCGACACUCUCGACAUGCGGUACUCUCUGGCGGCGUUAGCCGAUGACUAUACAAAGCGAAAACACGUCGUGCGCGUCACCACCGCCGCCGGCGCUGAGCUGCUGCUACAGGCGGAGGGCCCAGAAGACGCCCAGCGCUGGCUGGCGGCGCUACGCCGGCACUCGGCUGAGCCGCCGCCGGCGGAGACCGCGCCCGCACAGCCCGACUGCCCUUCGCCGCUGCCACCGCAGCGCAGCAAGAAGAUCGGCCGCAACAGGUCGCCUACCGGACCACCAACGCCAACCCUUCCAUCAUCGCCGAAGAACAAAACAUGGAAGGGCCGCAUGGCGAAGCAGCUCCGUCGCAUGCACGGCGGUGGCGCCGCAGCCGUGCCCGCGCCGGCCUCGGGGUGGCUCGGCGCGCCACUCGAGCGCUGCCCCACCGACCCGGAGCACCCGCUGGUGCCGCGAGCGGUCACGCUACCAGCACAUGCUGUGGAGGCCUUCGGUCUUCGCACAGUAGGCGUGUAUCGCGUGCCAGGCAAUGCAGCCGGCGUAGCGGCACUUGCGGCCGCGCUGGACCGCGGCGAACCUCCGCCGGAGGGCGACCCGCGGUGGGCGGAUGUGCACGUCGCCUCCAGUCUGCUCAAGGCAUAUCUGAGGCGGCUGCCUGAUCCGCUGCUCACGGCUGACAUGUAUCCCGCUUUUAUUGCGGCCGAUCGCUCACCGGAGAGAGCUCGGGAGUUACGCCGUCUAGUCCACGCUCUGCCCGAGGCUCACUACGAAACACUCAAGUACCUGAUCCAACAUUUGCGGAAAGUCGUCGCGCACUCGUCACACAACAAGAUGGAAGCGCGAAACUUGGCCAUCGUGUUUGGGCCAACGUUGGUGCGCGCCGCCAGCGACGACAUGCUCGCAAUGGUCAAUGACAUGUCCAGUCAGUGCCGCAUCAUCGAGUCUUUUCUGUCUCACUAUGACUGGUAUUUUGAAGAGGAGGAAGGCGAGCCCCCAGUGGAACCCCCGACGACGGCGGAGGAGCUGUCCCCGGCCCCCGCGCCCUCUCGCGACCUCCUCAUCCACAACGUCAAAAAGAUCGAAGGAAAAGACGUGUCAACCCGCGACAUCGUAUCCUCGAUCAUCUCAGCGGCGAACCGCAAGAUCCAGCGCAAGCCGCGGUCGAAGCCGUCGUCGGACAGCAAGAAGUGGGCGGAGGCCGAGAAGCGGCCCGAGGCGUCGCCGGGCGCCUCACCGCCCAGCUCGCCGCUCACGUCGCCGCCCGCGCACCUCACCACCACCCUCGCCGACUACGACGGCCUGCCGCAUACGUUCAACCAGGGAGGCAACAAAGUGGAGAUGGAGUCCAUAUCAGUGUUGGGCCGCGGUCGCCAAGAGCUCUCGCGGCACACACACACGCUACAGAGCUUCUCCAUCGAUGGAGCCGGAGAUUUGGUGUCGUCUCUGACGAGCACGUUCGACCAGAAGCUGCGCACGCUGAACAACUCGUCGCCGCUGGACGACGGCAGCAUCCCGUACGCGGACGAGCCCGAGCCGGACGAGCUCGAGAUGCCGUCGGGCAAGUCGUCGUCGAGCUCGCCGUCCGAGCACAGCGAGCGCGAGGAGCGCGCGUCGCCCGGCGCGCGCGCGCAGGAGCUGAAGGCCGCGUGGCUCGCGCGCGACCUGCGCCACUCCUCCUCCUCCAGCGACGAGCCCGACGCGCGCUGGCCGUGCCCGCGCCGCCGCGCCCGCGCCGCGGGGGACGACGACUCGGAGAAGGAGAACUGCAUCAUUCCAAAAAAGAACGACGAGGCCCGCAGCACCGAGGACGAGAAGGACGUCGAUACCCGCUCGCAGGUGUCCGAAACGAUGCCCGACAACGACAAGACCAUCGACCGGCUGCUUUACCCCUCCGCUUACAAAAACGGCCUGCGUCUGUCUAACCCGGAGUGCGUGAAGCGCAACAGCGCCGCGCUCGAAAACGACAGCGAAAAAGACGUAGAUUGCUCCAAGCUGAAACGGUCUGAGUCUCUGAACAGGGAUCCGGAGCGGAGCGAGGCGCGCGUGCUGCGCUCCGAGAGCCUCAACUGCCGCGUGGAGUCGCGUCUGCAGCGCUCCGAGUCGCUCAACAAGGGCGAGCGGCUGAGCAAGCUCGAGAAGGGCGAGUGGAACAUCGUGCGAAGGCGCGAGGGCGCGUGGCGCUCGACCAAGCUGAAGCGCAAGAACGGCAUGCCGGAGCGCGGCAUCAAGCGCCGCCACACCGUGGGCGGCACGAAGGACUUCGACAAGGACGGCUGGAGCGCGCGCCACACGCGCACGUCGUCGCCCGACCUCAGCGCCGCGCCGGGCGCCUGGCCCGCGCCGCUCGUGCCGCCGCCGCGCCCGCCGCUCGAGAGCCACGUCUGACACGAGGCGCACUCCUUGUAAAGGACCGCCCACCGCGCACGGCUUGUCAUCGAUGCUGCGGACUUUCGCAGGUCGAAAUCGAUUUCGGGAACUGCAUCGGUUGUAAAUAUUUUGUGCCGAACUAGCGUUUUCGGUAAAGACAGAAGUGAGACCCCGGCCGCACUCGGCGCCGGCGGGGGACGGGUUUCGACAAAAACAUUAAGCCGUUUCUAGAUAUUAAGUCGUCUAUGGACUUAAAUAUCGUAUGAUGAAUGGGCUUCGAAGUACAUCGUUUCUUCGCUAACUGGACUCUACAAUGGGUGCCUAUUGUUCGGGUGGUGCUGUUUAUUUUAUAUCUAAGUAGUUUUUUUUCUAAUGAAGUGGGUGAAUCAAAAAUUUGGGUACCGGAAAUCAAGAAAAUAUAUGUUUUAAAAUCUGAUUACAUGCAGUACCUACCAUAUUUUAUAUCUUCUACUAACAGGAACUUUCGCAUCGAGAGAGGCUAUUAUUUUGAUUCGACUCAAUUGACUGAAUAGAUUAGGUCACAAAAAUAUAUAAUUAUAUAUAUUAUAGUAUGAAAUAAAAAGCUAAUACUCAAAAGUCAUUUACAUUAUAUUAUAUCGAAAAAUCAUUCAUAAGUAAUAAAAAUAUUCAAAACUUAUAUUGAUGUAACAAAGACAUAAGUUAAAAUUGUAUAUGAGAUAUAUAGGACAACGUAUUUACUCAUUGAAAAAAUUAAAUCGUACAGUGCAAUACAAUUUAGGUACUUGAAUAGGAAAAAAUGUUUAAGAAAAGAAACAAAUGAAGGCGAAUGCUGCAACAGCUAGCCGCCCCUCAACGAUCAAGAAUCAAACAAAGAAAACGGGGUUCUUAAUCACCAAAGGACGGCUAGCAGCGGCGGGCAUUGGGGCAGUGCCAUGCUUGGCUUGAUGGAGUGUAACAUUUCUUGCUCCGAACGUAGCUUAUAAAAUUAUGGUGCGUACUACUAAACGUGGCAUUGCCCCAAUAGAAAAUUAAGCUCACUAAAUAAUGCCAAAGAAUGAUAAGGAAAUCGUCAAUUUUGAGAAUGCGAGGAGCAUAAUAGAGUGAAGGCGCGACUCUGAAAGGAAUGGAAGGAAUAUGUAUCAACGAACUACUGAGUUACUCACCAUAUCGAGGCAAUACGCACUGUACCUUGUGGCGUCGCUGCGCCCCCGACAUACUUGAAUAGUACUCCCUGUGUAGGUUAAGAACUACUCUGUACGGAGUCUUGUGGGGCGCUUGCAGACGCCGUGAUAGUGCAAACGAGCAUAAUAAAACUAAUAUUAGUGCUAGUAGUAGAUAGUACAUACAUACAAUGAAUGUUAUUUAGAUACAACGCCCAGGCGUACAUUAGUUUAAGUAUAUGUGCCCGAUCGGGUGAACAUGUGACCAGACUACUAUAACACCACGUAACUUUAAGCGUUAUCGGUAAGAAUUACAUAAUAGGUACUCGUCGAGUUAUAUUGAUAGCGAUUAUUGGAAGGAAUUAUAAAAAUAAAUAAAAGCAUACAUCACCUACUUGCCUUUGCAAUAGUUUUAGCGGAUUUGACUUAUUAUGCACAAUUCUCAGAUUUAAAUAGAUUCUUUUUAAUAAAGUUACCUAGUAGACCCGUCUCCUCUGUAACGAAAUUAUGUACCUAAUCAAAUAUUUUAGCUGACUAUUGGAAUUAGAAAUUGUAAAACUUUGACUUAGUUUUUAAUAUUACAAAGUGCGACUUGUAUUGUAAAUAGUGGAUGCAUUGCGCGUGUCCCGGCUCCGGGUUGCCGCCGGGCGCCGGGCGCGCUCUCCGUGUGACAGCGGCCGGGCCGCGCGCCCGCCCGUAUCGACUAACCGACGUAACACUCCUACAGUGAUAAUAAUAAAAGUGAUUCUCUAGCUUUGUAUAAAUUGUACAUUUCUUUUAUGAUUAAUUUAUAUUAAAUUUGUUAUCUUAGCUUUGUUGAAUGCAAUUAUUUUUUAUUGUUUUGUUUAUCAAAGAGAAGUAUUUUAGGCUAAAUUCGAUUGUUAUUUAUUUGCGAAAGCUGUAAAACGUGAUUUGGCGCAAUUUCUUUUAAAAUUGUAAUUAUAUUUUGUACAUAAUACAUCGGCAAAAUGAUGUUUUAGACUUUCGUUCAUUAACUAUUUUGAAAAUUUUAUACCAUCUUUACGUUAAGGCGAUCUCAAGUUUGUUGAAUGUUUGCAAAGCGUUCCUUUAAAGUUUUAUUUGUAAAUAUAUCUUUUAAUGUAGGAACAGUGAAUUUACUAAUUGUAACUGCGUCAUAUUGUAAGUAGACGGUAGAUGGCGGUAGGGGCGGGUCGGGGCGGCCCGGUCGGACCGUCCGGGACGGGACUGGACCGGACCGGGUCGGGUCGGACGGACGGCGCCGACCGGCGGUCCCGCCUCCUCGUUACGUUAGGUACAUACAUAUAAAAGACAUGUCUCGCUCGAGUGUCUGCUUGCAAGAGAAUUGUAUUCAAGUAAUCUAAUUCAUGUCCUUCGUGUAAUCAGCUAUAAAAUUCAAGUAAACACCGUAAGACAUUUUGCAAACGUGGUCUGAUUCACGUUACAAUAUUCAUUGUCAUUGUGUAUAUUUUGGAGCAAUGGAAUAAAAUACUGAAUCAAUUUAGAA